UUUGAAUUGUAACAGGGUGGGGUCACUGUUGAGAUCUUCAGUGCACAGGGGAAUGAUCCCGUGGCAAAAUGGAAGCUCACAGGCAGCAAGCCUCCUAUAACUAAAGUUUUCGAUAAGGAGGUCAAAGGAUUUGUGUAUAACCUCGAGGGCAACAGUCAAACGCACAAGAUGCAGAUUCCUAAAGACGGCAAACUGCCUUUGGGGCUGAAUCAGAGGAUCUUGGUGCUACAGGUGAAUGUUCCUCUGUCUAAAGACUUCUCCAUGGAGCUUUUAGUAACCGAUGCAGGUCAUCUGAAGAGGAGACUCUAUUUGUCCACUGUCAAUAAAGAACUCUUGGCCACACCUUUACAUGCCAAGAUACCUCUUACCACUCUCAAACGUAAUGUUUGGUGCAACCUCAGCGUUGACUUGGCUUCAUUCAGCAGAGAGAUGUUUGGGGGAGCGCAGUUCCACUCUCUAGAUGGCAUUACUGUGUCAGCGUGCUGCAGACUCCGACGUAUCUUCACCAUGCGGGCCCAACCCACCGACUCCACGGACGCAGGUCUUUAUAGUUUAAGGAGCGAACCUCGAGAAGAAAUUCCUAAGAACUUGCAGUUCCCAGCAGAUGUUCAUCAUGUUACGCAGACCGUGAACAUGGAGAGCGCGGCCAAUCUGGACGCUAAGCGGAGACAUCUGUCUAACCAAUCAGAGCUGACAGGCAGCGCCCGGACAACCAGUGCACGGACAGCCCAGGAUCCUUCUCAUAUAGCCUUUGGGUCAAAGGUCGCCGGACACCCUCCACACACCGCACGCAAACCAAGUGUGUCGUCCCAGGCCCGAGAGGCGAAAAGUAAAACAAACCAUCCUGCGACAUUCACUAACUCAGGUCGAUCAGGCAGCUUUCAGCCACGCCCACCAUCCGACAGGUCAUCAGCUGACAGGGCGGGCUCUAGGAGACCACGCCUCCACAGCAGCAGCAGAACGCGAGGCAACGCUCCGCAUCUCAGCAGACUGGAGGAUGAGUGUCAGCAUGGAGCAACUUUACAGGCCUCAGAACACCCUCACAGCUCCAGUUUACCUGUACAUCCACAGAACUGCAGUUUCCCAGGACACCCAGAGAACUCCAGUUUACCUGUACAACCACAGAACUCCGGUUUAACAGGACACUCAGAGAACUCCAGUUUAACAGGACACCCAGACAACUCCAGUUUACCAAGAGCGAAUGUUGGGGAUGUUGGAGCUUCUGCAACAUUCACAGUGAGGGAUUCCCUCAGCGCUGUAUUGUAUGAAGGGAAGUUCAUUAACGGUAACCAGUCUUGCUCUGUAGAGGUGCUUGGGGUGGGUGAGUCUGGGCAGACUCCAGAUUCUUCAGAUGGUCGCCUGCUCUCGGCGGAGACUGACUCCGGUCGGGACGGCGACGGGGACGACAACGGGGACAGCGAGGGGGACCACCAGGGGGACGAGGACGAGGUGUUCAUGUUCUCCUCGCGACCGCACUCCGCCAGACGAGGGCAGUAUCACAGUGACCUCCUGCAGGACCUGACCUUUGACGUGAACGGCGGAGAGCGGGAUGGAGAGGGAGAGCGAAAGGAUGCAAGACCAGAGGACGACUUUGUCGGCAGCGAGAGUGAGGAGGACGAGGCCUACUCCCAGUUUCUCCUCCAAAGAUGUGCUGUGCAUUCAACUCCUGUCCUCCGAUCCACACCUGUCGGAGGUUUACCACCUCCCCCAGCUUCUCCCACUGCUCAGUCCCAAAGCAGGGACUCCUCAGCUGGGCAGGCCGCACCACAAAGCAGCUCCAUAAACUCCAAGAGAGCUGAACCGGCGUGUCUGGUACCACCCCGAUGCCUGUCUCCCGGUGGACCCAGGACUAGGAACAGAUUGGACCAGUGUGGGGCAGUGAGAAGCCAGCCAGAUGGCGAUACUGGAAGGCAAGUCAGUAGGUCUUCGCUUCGAGAGAUACACCCAGGAGAUCUACCGCUCCACAAGGUGAGCGGCCAGGAAAGGUCCGAGCCCGUGGGGUCGAUCAGCAGAGAUUCCCAGGACGGAGAGGAGAAUGAAGAGGAGGCGGAGGAGGAUGAGGAAGAGCGGCGCAUGCUGGCCAGUCUGUGUAAAGAGCAGGAGGAAGAGGAGGGAGGCGUCGGAGACUCAGAGCUCAGUGCCUCUCAACUCCACCAGUGCAACAUCAGUCUGAGCUUGAGCAGUGAUGACACCUCCACCUGGACACAGUGUAUGCCUGUGCCAGUGGACCAGGGCCAACACUACCAAAAAGAGAUGAACCCUCUCCUUCAUUCUAAUCCCAGAGAGUGGAUGGAUGUCCUGAGCCCUCCCAUCGUUCAGCCCUCUCAGCAAAGGUCAAAGGGCAAAGGAGACUGCAGCAGUGCCGCAGCCGCAGGACCAGAGAACAAAGAGAAUGAGGAAGAGGAGUUUCUCAGCCUUCUCUACGACCCCUGUCUUAAGUGCUACUUUGAUCCAAAAUCUGGAAAGUACUAUGAGUUAGCCUGA